AUGCCUUCCAACGAUGCAAUAACCAUCAGAGAAACCAAUGAAAUAGGUGAACCAACCGCAACUUACAUCUACUCGGCGACGACGGAAUCCCUACAACCUCGUAUUCCGGAUUCUCCUGAAGGUGCUGCUUUUCACCGUCAGAGGCGCAGAGUUGAUGUUGUCAGGCCUUCACGAAAGGAGUCUCCUUCAUACCUAACCUCUCUUCUGAUCGUUUUCCUCCCUGCGGGCUAUCCCCAUAGCGUCAGCGAUGACUACAUGGAAUAUCAAAUAUAUGAUUCACUACAAGCAUUCUCAAGCUCAAUUGCCGGACUACUGGCAUCCCGUGCUGUGCUGCAAGGUGUAGGAGUCGGAGAUGCAUCCGCAUCCCCAACGGUAGCUUUGCUACACAGCGUCCUUCAGGAAAGCAUAGGCAGGAUAGCCACUAUUCUGUUUGCCCACCGGCUUGGAACAUCCCUCGAGCCUGAGUGCAAGUUGUACAGAUUUGCCGCCGACGUCCUCAAUGACUCGGCAAUGGUGGUUGACUGUCUAUCCCCAGCAUUUCCGAAACACCUGAGAGUUGUGCUUUUGACUUUCUCCAGUAUCUUAAGGGCCCUGUGUGGAGUGGCUGCGGGGAGCUCGAAGGCAAGCCUGAGCAGUCAUUUUGCGAAAUGGGGUAAUUUGGGGGAGUUGAAUGCUAAAGAUUCAAGUCAGGAAACAGUAAUUUCACUUAUGGGAAUGCUGUGCGGAAGUCUCGUUGUUUCACACAUCUCCACCCCUUUAACGACAGGGUUAGCCCUCAUAUUUCUCCUUCUAAUCCAUCUCUCAACAAACUACGCUGCAGUGCGUGCAGUCAACAUGACCACUCUAAACCGUCAACGAGCUAAUAUCGUCUUUUCAACGCUCUUCGAAGAAGGCCGUGCUCUAACCCCAAAACAAACAUCCAAAUGUGAAAGGAUUUUUGAGCGUGAUGGAAUUCUCCGCUGGAAAGCUUCCUCCACGACAUUGGGAUUCUGUCGAAUAGGAAAUUCGUUCCAAGAGUUACUCUGUGGCUCGAACGGAAGUUAUCGAGCAAAUUCCAUCCGUGACGCCCCAAUUGAUAUUCCCAGGCUGUUACGUCUUUUUGAGAAAGAGGAAUAUAUUUUAUGGUUCAACCCUGUUAGUAGAAGGGGAACCAUUGUCCUGAAGAAUGAUGUGAGACCUGUUUCGCAACUGAAAGCAUGGAGCCAUGCGCUUCUGGUUGCGAAGCACCUCACGAAGACAACGGAAGAUGCUGAAAAGAACAACAAUAGCCCAAUUAAGAAGGGAGAGGUGAAACUGGAACGUCAAGACCGCAAGAAAAAUUAUAAGGACACCGCUGCUGACGUCACAAAUCCGGACACGAUGCUCUCGAUUCUUGAAUCCACGCUACAGACACAUUCUAUGAAUUUCGCUGACCAGAUAUCACGCUUGAAAGAUGCGGGGUGGGAUAUUGACACGCCGUCUCUAGAAACGACCGCAGGUAGGAGGCUUGAGGUUGUAGGAUGA